UGCACAGAUCCCGUCCUUUUCUUAUGAUCUAAGCAUCCACGACUCGCACCCGCCGACCGCCGCAUACAUUCACAUUCGCGCGCUUUUCGAUCAUGUCCGCGUCUACGACAGCGGCCGCCGGCGCCUCUUCCACCGACACGCUGACGCUGUACAGCUGGCCAGAGUCGGGCAACAGCUACAAGGUGCGUCUCUUGCUAGCGCUUCUGGGCGUACCGCAUACUGUCAAGAAUCUCGAUUUCCUCAGUCAAGAGCAGCAGAGCGAUUGGUUCCGAUCCAUCAAUCCCAAAGCCGAAGUCCCGACGCUGGUCCACAAUCAGACCACCUUGACCGAUUCAUCUUCCAUUCUGGCCUACAUUGCCGCUACGUACGACGACUCGGGCAGGCGUGGGACAGGACCAUCAUCCUAUUACGGGCAAGAUUUGCUGGAACAAGUCAAGAUCAUCGAGUGGCUCGCUUUCGCCAACGGAUGGGUGCAGCACGGCGUCUUUACCGCUAGGGCCAUCCUCUCGUACGGCGGGCCAUACAAUGGUCUGGGCCAAAACACGUCCGACGAUGCGUUGCUGCAGGUGCGUCUAGCAGACGCCAAAGUGCGCGCGCACAAGUCGCUAGCCAUCAUCGACGGAGAACUGGCCAAGGGCGAUGGUUGGCUCGUGGGCUACAGACCCACCAUUGCGGACAUUUCGAAUUUCGUCUAUAUUGCCCUUGCUCCCAUGGGGGAUGUAUCUCUGCAGGCUUAUCCUAGCGUUUUGGCCUGGAUAGCGGCGAUCAAGAAGCUGCCCGGUUUCAUUUCCAUCCCUGGUCUGGACGAUCCCUUGGUCAGACGGAGAGGCACGCGGUUUGAAGCCGUUACAGAGUGAGGCGAGGCGAGGCUGUGCAAGGGGCAGUGUCGUUGUGCUUCCACUUUGGAGGCGCACAGAAAAGGUGUGCUACCAUCGCGGGCCGGCCCGAGCCAGGAGGCUCGAUCUUGCACGCCAUGCUUGGGAGGGGGAAAGGGACAUUCUACGCGUUCAUGAGCGUGAUGGCCGGUCUGUUUACGUGCCAAGAGUCGAUAUUUCGUGGAGCACGCUUGCGCAUAAAGUCGAGCGACGACCGCGUUCACAGUGGUCGGCAACGGCAACCGAGAAGACAAGAUGCGCACCCAGGUCCAGGCUGUUUCUAUGUUACGGCGCUUGCACCGUUGGUAAAGGCGACCUAACACGUCGGUUCGCGCUGUAAGUCUCGGAAGAGUCGUGGACUCGCUACAACAAUCGAAUUCAAG